UUGCUCCCGCCUGGUCCCGCUCCUCCGCGGUCUCCCGCCCAGCCGUAGCUUCCCCUUUUGCCUUCCUCGGCCGCCCUUUGCCCCUUCCCGCCCUUUCCCGCCCGCUUGUGUGCCCGGUUCUCGUUGGCCCCUUUCUUUUCGGCCUCUAUCCUUUCUCCUCCUGCAUCCCUUGUGCCUUGGCCCUGCUCCAGCCGCUAUUUCUGGUCGGGAGACCCUCUGGAGGGGGCAGCUUCUCAGCUCGAGACCCCGGACGGGUAGACCCCCUGGACAACUCUCCACUCAGCGUUGUCCCUUCUCUCCCUGUUCCCCAAGUUUGCCCCUGACCCUGUUUAACCGCGACAGAGCAAGAGUCUGGGUGAAAAGGAUUAACGUAGUGUUUGGGCUGUGGCACUGCGAGUGUAAGGGAUGAGUGGGUGUGCAGAGAGAGGCGUGAAUGUGUUUUUUGUCCUAGGGGCCGAUUGUUUCAAUUCGGUCUUGUUUAUCUCUUGUGGAGUUGCUGGGCACGGUUUUCUACCACAGACUUCACACUCCCUACUGGUCUGGGAAAUUUUUGAAAUCUUUUAACACUGUUUUGAAUCGCUUACGCGCGGAUCCCUUAUUUAUGAUUCUCAGGUCUUUUCGGGGUCCUGGAAAUGUUAGGGCUAGGCUUGGGGUUCAAGGAGGUCUUGGUUGAAAUGGCAAGAUGUAAAUUAGAUUGUGACACAUAGUCGUCGACAGAGAAAACCAGGAAUUUGCCCUUUUGAUGGAGGAACUUUAGAAGAACUUGACCAUUUUUGAAAGAUUGGGGAAAAUCCGAGACAAAGUUACAUUGCCUCGUGUGAUUUGAUUUAAUACAAAUAACUUCUAAUAGUUCUUUAAAAGUUCCAUCUCUUUGGCGAUUAUUCAACUUGAAGUCACUGCAGUGAAAACGUAUUAACGGGAACAUCCAUAGUAGUGUAAAAACUUUCACAAUGAAAUCUGAAGCCAAGGAUGGAGAGGAGGAGAGUCUACAAACUGCUUUCAAGAAAUUAAGAGUGGAUGCAUCAGGGUCCAUAGCAUCUCUUUCUGUUGGAGAGGGCACAAGUGUCAGAGCAUCCGUCAGAACAGCAGCAGAUGAUACCAAACCUAAAACCACAUGUGCAUCUAAAGAUAGUUGGCAUGGGUCUACAAGGAAGUCUUCACGAGGAGCAGUGAGAACUCAGCGUCGUCGACGUUCUAAGUCUCCGGUCCUUCAUCCUCCAAAGUUUAUACAUUGCAGUACAAUAGCAUCAUCUUCCAGCAGCCAACUCAGACACAGAAGCCAGACUGACUCCCCUGAUGGCAGCAGUGGGCUAGGAAUUUCAACUCCUAAAGAGUUCAGUGCAGGAGAAAGCUCAACUUCUCUUGAUGCUAAUCAUACGGGGCCAGUCAUUGAGCCUUUGAGAACUUCGGUUCCAAGGCUUCCAUCAGAGAGUAAGAAAGAAGACUCCUCUGAUGCUACCCAAGUCUCCCAAGCAAGUCUCAAAGCCAGUGAUCUCUCUGACUUUCGAUCUGUUUCCAAGCUAAACCAGGGCAAGCCAUGUGCAUGCAUAGGCAAGGAAUGCCAGUGUAAGAGAUGGCACGAUAUGGAGGUCUAUUCCUUUUCAGGCCUGCAGAAUGUCCCUCCUUUGGCUCCAGAACGAAGAUCAACCCUUGAGGACUACUCUCAGUCACUGCACACCCGAACUCUGUCUGGCUCUCCCCGCUCCUGUUCUGAGCAAGCUCGAGUCUAUGUGGAUGAUGUGACCAUUGAGGACCUAUCAGGCUACAUGGAGUAUUACUUGUAUAUUCCCAAGAAAAUGUCUCACAUGGCAGAAAUGAUGUACACCUGAUAGCAGGAAGCUAAUCCAUUUGCUUUAAACCAAUGAAGGGUUAUCAAAGAGAUUUAGUUAAUGGCAGACCUUGCAGCCACUUUGUGUGAGAAGACAUCUUUUUCUGCUCACUGUGCUUGCAAUAAAAACUUUUCUUGGCAUCUCAGUUAAUCUUACCUUCAUUCUUUAAACUUGCUCUCUGAGUUCUUACAUACCCAUCAAGGCAAGCAGAUCAAAGAAAAUCCCUCUCAUUUAGAAAUGUCCCUGGGGGAUGAAGAAACCAUAAUUACUCGAGACUGGCAGCAGGGGGUAUGUGGUUAAAAGCCUUUGUAAAACUGCAUUUUUCAGAUCUGUUUAAGAUUUGGUAGCCAAGGAAACUCAGAUGUGGUUUUGUAACUGUACCUACCGAACAUUUGUUGUGCUGUAGUUGCCAGCCCUUAAUAUUAGAAGUUACAAGACUGUUUUAAACCAUCUCUGAUUUAACACAAGAUUUAUUGUAUCUAUAAAAGUUUUUAAUGUUAUUGUUAAGCCAGAGGUCUAAAAUUUAGAUUCAAUUUGAAUAAACUAGCUGGCCUGCCC